AUGCUUGUACUAUGGGUCGCUUUCAAGGGUCUGGCAUCGCGCUUGACGCCCACCUACAGAACAUUCUGCGGCGGCACGAUACUCGCACCCACUAAAAUACUCACAGCCGCGCACUGCUUUGUCGAGGACAGAAGCGCAUGCAUAAAGCUCUUCAUGAAAGUCGGUCAUGUAGGUCAAAAGGAGUUAAGGCAAAAGUUCGCAGUCGCCGGCACUUUAUUCAACAAAGGCGUCAGACCGAAAACCGACGACACCCCGGAGGGACAAUGGCGUUCUUUAAAGGAUGUGCUGUAUCCAAAAAGAUACAAAUUUCCUAUAAAAGACAUCGCCAUAGUAUUCACGACGGCACCGUUCAACUUCAACAAUCACGUGAACUCCAUACCAUAUGCGACCCGAUACGCCGAUUACACGGGGAAGUGUCUGGUUUCUGGCUACGGUCGUAUCACUAGUUUAGGGAAGGGCGAUUCCGGGGGUCCCCUCGUUUGCACGAAAACCGGCGAACCGAACGAAACAAGCAAGGGCACACUGGUAGGCGUCGUCAGCGGGCACCGACCCUACGUUGGAUCCUUCUUCACGAGGGUCUCGUCCUAUUACAAAUACAUCAAGAGGAAUGGAUCGCACCGUAACAACAUAAACAAUGCACUCGUUAUUUUAUUGGCAAUGUUAAUACACAGCCAGAUUUUAUCAUUU